UACAACCAUAUCCUUGAUAUUAAAAAAAGAUGAACAGUAUUUUUGAGGGGGGAAAUAAUCUCGAAUAGCUUAAUAAACUAUAUCGUAUAUGUAUUACUAGUUGAGAUGUUUUUGUUGAAAGUCGAAGUCAUAAAAAUAUAUUACACGAGUAUAUAUUGUCAAAGUUCAACAAGCUCUGAUUAUCGACUAACAUAUCAUACCGCUAAAUACCGAACUUCAACGAUAAUCUUAACGAUAAUCUUUUUUUUCUUUUUACUAUCCUCUCGAGAAACUCCCACCUUUUUGCUUCCCUGAUGACUCGUUUAACUCUUCCUUUAUGUGAAGGGAAUGAAUACGUUAACCAAAUGAAAUCCGGAAUCCAAGUAGAUUAGAUUAAGACAAGUACGUGUUCAACUCUUUUCUCAUCGAACCAGUGUCAAUAGUUGUUCAACCUGAGGAAAGUGCAAUCAAAUUAGAACUUAAAAGUGAACGGUGCUUAACAUCCGAGCGACCCCUUCUUGUCAAUGAUAAUCCUCUUUUCUAUUACCCCUCUCGAGAAGCUCUCAUCUUUUUGCUUUUUUGGUGAUUCGUUUAACUCUUCCUUUACGUAAAGGGAAUGAAUGUCUUAAUCAAAUGAAACCCGAAAUUCAAGUAUAUUAGAUUAAGACAAAUACGAGUUCAACCCUUUCUCAUCAGACCAGACCAGGAUCAAUAGCCGUUCGACGUGAGAAAAGUCCAUUCAAAUUAAAAGUUGGAAGUGAACGGUGCUUAACAUUCGAGCGAUCCAAACAACUCCUUCUUGUCAAUGAUAAUCCUCUCAGCAAUCAAAAUCUUGAAAUUCUCAACUAAAACCAAAUGCCUCUCCACUUUUUCCCCUCCAAAUUUCACCAACUUACUUCAACUUUCCAUUGAAUCUCAAUCUUUAACAACUACCCAAAAGCUCCACUCCAAAAUCAUUCAACUUGGACUUCACCAAAACUCAUUUAUAGCAACAAAACUCAUCUCUGCAUACUUUACUUGCCAAAACCCUGUUGACAGUCGCCGUGUUUUCGACGCAUUUGAACACAAAAAUGAGUUUCUUUGGAACAUUUUGAUCAAUGGGUAUGCGAAGAAUGCGUUAUUUGGUGAAAGUUUGAAUGUUUUUAGUCAAAUGUUUAGGUGUGGGGUGGUUCCAGAUGAGUUUACGUAUUCGAGUAUAGUGAAGAUUUUGGGGGAGUUAGGGGAUUUGGUUAAUGGGAGGAGUGUUCAUGGGAGGUGUGUGAGAAAUGGGGUUGUUUUAGAUUGUGUUGUUGGUAAUUCUUUAAUGGCUAUGUAUGGAAAAUGUGGGGGUUUUCAAGAUUCAUUGAAGGUGUUUGAUGAAAUGCCGUAUAGAAAUGUUUCGUCAUUUAAUGUUGUAAUUUCAGGAUAUAUGAGUGUAAAGGAGGGUGUUUUGGAUGAGAAGUUGUGGGAUUUUGUGAAGGAUAUGUUGUUUGAAGGUUGGGAGUUUGAUGCAUUUACUGUUUCGAUGCUUCUUUCUUUGUGUGGAGAGGUGAAGAAGAAUUGGUGUUAUGGGAAAGAGCUGCAUUGCUAUAUUGUGAGGAAUGGGUUGGAGGACGAUUUCGUUGUUUCUUCUGAUGUUCACUUAGGAUGUUGUUUGAUUGAUAUGUACGCGAAGAGUUCCAGAGUUGAAUUUGGAAGGCGAGUUUUUGAUAGGUUAAAGCGUAGAAAUGUUUUUGCUUGGACAGCGAUGAUCAAUGGGUAUGUGCUGAAUGGAGAUUUUGAUGAAGCUUUGGUGCUCUUUAGACAGAUGCAAGUGGAAGGUGUGGAACCUAAUAAGGUUUCGCUAAUUAGUAUCUUACCUGCCUGUUGCUCGUUUGAUCGUUUGAAAGGUGGAAAACAGAUUCAUGCAUUUUCAACUAGGAGAGGGUUGAAUCAUGAAGUGUCGUUGUGUAAUGCUUUAAUCGAUAUGUAUUCUAAGUCGGGAUCCUUGAGUUGUGCACGAAGAGUCUUUGAACAUGAUUGUGUUACCAAGGAUGCUAUAUCGUGGAGUUCAAUGGUUUCUGCUUACUCCUUACAUGGUAAUGGUCGGGGUGCUGUUGGUUUGUAUGAGAAAAUGCUUCAACACGGGAUGAAACCGGAUAGGAUUGUGGUUGUUGGGGUUCUCUCUGCUUGUGCUAGGUCAGGAUUGGUAGACGAGGGCUUCCGGAUAUACAGUUUUGCUGUAAAUGAGUAUGAUUUAGAACCAACUUUGGAGAUGUGUGCAUGCAUUGUGGAUAUGUCGGGUAAAGCAGGCCAAUUUGAUAGAGCAUUGGAUUUCAUCAAGACCAUGCCUAUGCAACCUGGUCCUAGUAUUUGGGGUGCACUCGUGAAUGCAUCUGCAAUCCAUGGAAACAGUGAGGUACACGAUUUAGCGUAUAGGUUUCUUAUUCAGAUGGAACCCGAGAACCCCUCCAAUUAUGUGUCGCUUUCAAAUUUGUAUGCGACUUCACAGAGGUGGGAUGUUGUUGCUGAAGUGAGAACGACGAUGAAAGAUAGAGGGCUGAAGAAGUUCCCAGAUCAACUCAUCUUAGCAAUGAAGCGAGAUGAUAAUGGUGUUCGCUUUGAAGAUACUGUGAAGGUUUAUGAGUGAUCAGAACUUGUCAAGUUACAACAGUUAGCAAGCAAAUUUGAGUACGCGAUUGCCUUUUAGCUGUGAUAGAUCCCUCCAACUAGGCCGUGUUGUUAUGCCUACGAUCAUGAAGAGAAGUAGUGCUGAACAACAAUUAGUGACAAGUGUUGUAACACCCACUUUAAGAUGACCUUUUAUUCAGGACAUCGGGGGGAAGGCAUGAAGGUGCAGCGAUGCAGCCUAGCUUGGUCUAAGGGGAAGCAGGUGUAGGUGAAAAAAAGAAGGAAGAGUUAAAGUUUGGAGCACAUGUGGGGCAAACGGAGAGCACCUAGGAAUGCCAUCCACACAUAAGCCGCUGGUGACAGAGAAAGCGAGCAACACCUUGUGUAGGCGGUGCCAAUCUUAAAGAAGCACAAGCUUGUCUUCUCGCUGGGAAUCAUAGAGAAAAGCACGCACCUUGCCGCGGCUGAAGACCUAAGAAACCAACCUAGUCUUCAUUGUUACUCCUAAAGAGACUAUACUCUGGAAUCCAAAGAGAGCUCCAGCCUGCAGUAUACAGGCAGUUGAAAGAUCUUAUCAUUUAGUCUUUCAAACAGGAAAUACUGUUGAUUUUCUUAAUUCAUACUUCCCCCCUUUUCCAUCAACCUUGUAACAAUAUCUUGGGAUUAUAUGAAAGUCUAAAAUUUUAGAAUCUAU